UUGAAUUCUCUUUUAUGUCACAAGAGGUCAGCCUUGCUACAUUUGUUGUGUUUUUUGACUUUUGAUUCUGAAUAAUAGUGCCAUCUAAUGGCUAAUGGCCAUAGGCAGCAAGCCAGGUCAGGGAAGCAGCCAUGUCAUGCUCGUGCUUUCAAGGACAAAAGGGUCUUCAUAUCAUCUGUGAGCCUUGGCAAUUCAUAAUCUAUGACUUGGCUCCUCCAGACACACACAGCCCAGGUUCCUGGACCAAAUCUUGUCACCUUCACAAUGCUUUACCUAAUAAAGCAAAUAAUAGAUCACAGGACCAAACUUACCAUCAUCCUCGGUACAUCCAGACUGAUCAGCUGCAGACAGCUGUGGUGCUGCAUUCUACAAGAUCUGCUCGAGAUGUAAAAUCUGCUUCUCAGGUAGAGGAAAAUGGUAGACUGAAGAAGCUAGAGAGGAGGAUGGGGGAGCUGGCUCGUGUGCUGGAUAUGGUCAAAAAUGAGAUUGACAAACUGCAGAGAGGUGAAAGACUGCAGAAGCUAGAGAAGAGGACAGAGGAGGUGGCUCGUGUGCUGGAUAUGGUCAAAGAUGAGAAUGAAAAACUGAAGUCAUUUCUGAAGGAGUGCAAAAAAGGUGACUCAUCUUCUGUUUAUCGCAUCUAUCCUAUCCUAUCAUUUUUUCCAUGUCCUCCUCAGCCAUGUUGUCCUCAGCCAUGUCCUCCUCAGCCAUGUUGUCCUCAGCCAUGUUGUCCUCAGCCAUGUCCUCCUCAGCUAUGUCCUCCCCAGCCAUGUCCUCCUCAGCCAUGUCCUCCUCAGCCAUGUUGUCCUCAGCCAUGUCCUCCACAAAGCUGCACAGAAGCAAAAGUACCUGACUGUCAAACACCAGCAUGCAAUCCAUGUCCUCCACAGCCGCGUCCUCCCCAGGUGUGCCCUACUCAGAACUGCAAAGAGGAGAAUGUACCUGAUUGUCAAAGACGUGCAUGCGAUGGGGGUAACAGAGAGUGCCCUGCCUGUUCAGAAGAGAAUGUACCUGAAGUCUGUGAACAGCAACCCACAAGCUGUGUUGUGAAUGGGUAUGACUUCCCUAAUGGAGCUGUGAUCCCUGGUGGAGACCCUUGUCAAGAGUGUAGAUGUGUGGAUGGAAAUAUGGCAUGUUCACCUGUCCGCUGUCCUGCGUUGUCUUGUCACAACCCAGUGCGUCAUACUGGAGAGUGUUGUCCACAAUGUGAGCAGUGUAAAUUUCAGUCCAAAGUAUAUGAGAAUGGAGAGACGUUCACAUCCAAGAGACACCCCUGCCUCCAAUGCCACUGCUCUGCGGGUCAAGUGUCAUGUGAACACAUGGCUGCAUCAUGUCCUACACCACAGUGUACUCAUCCAGCUAAGCACAGAAGACAAUGUUGCCCCACAUGCAGUAAGUGUGAGUAUGAACGGAGGGUGUAUACUGAUGGGACAGCAUUCACCUCUGCUGGGAGUGGACCCUGCCUGCAGUGCAGGUGUAAGUUCUUUGCUGUGUCUCUGUUUAGGGUGGAAAUGUACUUUGCCAAGAAAAGCAGUGUCCUCCUGUCCACUGCUCCAACCCUGUUAGAGACCCACAUCAUUGCUGUCCAGUCUGCAAAGGUUGCAUAA